AGUUCAGCAUCAAAUAAAAGAAAUGGAAUCACAAGUACCACCUCUCCAUGCUGGUUCUUCCAUGGUGAGCGUUCAAGAGCUCAUCAAAGAAACCAUGGAGACCGUUCCAGAGAGGUAUGUUCGUCGCGACCAAGAACCACAAAUCCUCCUCGACAAUGGCAGCACUCAAAAGCCAAUCGUUUCGAUCAUUGACUUGGGGAAAUUGUCCUCGGACCAAACUGUGGGUGAUCAUGAAUUGGAGAAAUUGCAUGAGGCUUGUAAAGACUUGGGUCUCUUUCAGUUGAUUAACCACGGGAUACGCCCUUCUCUGUUGGAGGAUCUAAGGCAUGAAAUUGAAGAAUUUUUCAAGCUUCCCUUGUCGGAGAAAAUGAAAUUUGGGAUAAGGUCAGGAGAGGUCGAAGGUUAUGGCAGUGUAGUGCAAUCAGAAGAAAAGCUUGAUUGGGGUGACAGGUUUUUCAUGAUAACCAACCCCGUCGCCAAAAGGAGACCUCAUCUCUUUCCGGAGCUUCCUUUGUCACUCAGAAACACCUUAGACUCUUACAUUAAGGAGACACAAAAGCUAGCCAUGCAGCUACUUCGCUUGAUUUCAAAAUGUUUAGACAUCGAGAUGAAUGAGAUGAAAGAAUUAUUUGAGGACGGCAUUCAAACUAUGAGGAUGACAUACUAUCCUCCGUGCCCACAGCCAGAGCUUGUUGUUGGGCUAACACCGCACUCAGAUGCUACCGGCAUCACCAUCCUCCACCAAAUCAAUGGUAUUGAUGGCUUCCAAAUUAAAAUGAAUGGAGCAUGGACACCUAUUCAAAUUCUGCCAAAUGCAUUUGUGGUGAAUGUGGGAGAUGUCAUGGAGAUUCUUAGCAAUGGUCUUUACAAUAGCAUCGAGCACAGAGCCACGGUCAAUUCCACAAGAGAAAGGAUCUCAAUUGCCAUGUUCUUCAACCCUAAGCUGGACUCAGAAAUUGGCCCAAUCCAAUCUCUGACGACUACAGAAAGUCCAGCGUUGUUUAGAAGGAUAAAGAUGGAGAAAUAUGUCCAAGACUUCUUUUCCCAAAAGCUCAAUGGAAAGUCCUAUUUAGAGAGGAUGAAGCUUCAACCGGAGAAGGCUGUUGUAUUUCAGGUGGAGUGAAUGAGAAGGAUUUAAGAAGACCUUGCUUGCCAAGCUUAGUUGACGAGCGAAACACACUUAAGCAUUCAAUAAGUGUUUGUCACAUAAUAUUGUUUAUCUAUUUUGUAAAUCAAUUUCAUGUCUCUUUAUCCUUUAAAAAAAGGGUUAAUACUACGAAAAACCCCAAAUUGGUUCACCAA